CGCUGCGUCAGUCACUGUACUGGCUGCGGGAGUCGAGCGCCGUCGCUGCCGCCGCCAGCGGAUGGGGCGGGGGAUCCCGGUGCCAGGUCCUCGUCAGCCCGCCCCUGCCUCCUCAGCCAGCCGUCCCGAUCUGGGCUCGACAGUCAUGGAGCGGGGCGGAACCCCCGCCUGUGCUGUGUGAGGUGCGUCGCCACCGCCGCCGCCUGCGCUUUUCGAGACCUGCCGAACCCCCGCCACCGCCCGGAGCUCCUCGCCCUUGGCAGUCUGUCGCCGCCCCCCGAGCGGGUUCGAAUGCGCGUCCGGUGAAGGUGCAGGCCCGGCGCCGCCUCUGCCGCAGCCGGGAAAUGGUUCGGGCCUAGCGGAGCCGGGACUGGAGCAACAUGAACCGUGAAGACCGGAAUGUGCUGCGUAUGAAAGAACGGGAAAGGCGGAAUCAAGAAAUUCAGCAGGGGGACGACGCCUUCCCACCUAGCUCUCCUCUCUUUGCUGAGCCAUACAAAGUUACUAGCAAAGAAGAUAAGCUCUCAAGUCGUAUUCAGAGUAUGCUUGGAAACUACGAUGAAAUGAAGGAUUUCAUAGGAGACAGAUCUAUACCAAAGCUUGUUGCAAUUCCCAAGCCUACAGUACCGCCGACAGCAGAUGAAAAAUCUAACCCAAAUUUCUUUGAACAGAGACAUGGGAGCUCUCAUCAGAGUAGCAAAUGGACUCCAGUAGGACCUGCACCCAGCACUUCUCAGUCUCAGAAACGGUCCUCAGGCUUACAGAGUGGACACAGUAGCCAGCGGGCCAGUGCAGGUGCCAGUAGUGGCGCUAAUAGCAGUGGCCAGAGGCAUGACCGUGACUCAUACAGCAGUGGUGGGAGCAGUAGCCGGAAAAAAGGCCAGCAUGGAUCAGAACACUCCAAAUCACGCUCUUCCAGCCCUGGAAAACCCCAGGCUGUUUCUUCAUUAAGCUCCAGUCAUUCUAGGUCUCAUGGGAAUGAUCACCAUAGCAAGGAACAUCAGCGUUCCAAAUCACCUCGGGACCCUGAUGCAAACUGGGAUUCUCCUUCCCGUGUACCGUUUUCAAGUGGGCAGCACUCAAAUCAGUCUUUCCCACCUUCAUUGAUGUCAAAGUCCAGUUCAAUGUUACAGAAACCCACUGCCUAUGUGCGGCCUAUGGAUGGACAGGAAUCCAUGGAACCAAAACUGUCCUCUGAACACUACAGCAGCCAAUCUCAUGGCAACAGUAUGACUGAACUAAAGCCCAGCAGCAAAGCUCAUCUCACCAAGCUGAAAAUACCUUCCCAACCAUUGGAUGCAUCUGCUUCUGGUGAUGUGAGCUGUGUGGAUGAAAUUCUUAAAGAGAUGACGCAUUCAUGGCCUCCCCCUCUAACGGCUAUUCAUACACCAUGCAAAACCGAACCUUCCAAAUUUCCUUUUCCAACUAAGGAGUCUCAGCAGUCCAAUUUUGGCCCUGGAGAACAAAAAAGAUAUAAUCCUUCUUCUAAAACUUCCAAUGGGCACCAGUCUAAAUCUAUGUUAAAAGAUGACUUAAAACUAAGCAGCAGUGAAGACAGUGAUGGGGAACAGGAUUGUGAUAAGACAAUGCCAAGGAGUACACCUGGAAGUAACUCUGAACCUUCACACCAUAAUAGUGAAGGGGCAGAUAACUCCAGGGAUGAUUCUAGCAGCCACAGUGGAUCUGAAAGCAGCUCUGGAUCUGACUCAGAGAGUGAAAGUAGUUCCAGUGACAGUGAGGCAAAUGAGCCAUCCCAGAGUGCAUCUCCUGAGCCUGAACCACCACCCACAAACAAAUGGCAACUUGAUAAUUGGCUGAAUAAAGUGAACCCACAUAAAGUGUCACCAGCUUCUUCUGUGGACAGUAAUAUCCCAUCAUCUCAAGGCUAUAAAAAGGAAGGCCGAGAACAGGGCACAGGGAAUAGCUAUACUGAUCCAGGUGGUCCUAAAGAAACAAGUUCUGCUACUCCUGGACGAGACUCCAAAACUGUCCAAAAGGGAUCAGAGAGUGGGCGUGGGAGGCAGAAGUCCCCUGCACAGAGUGACAGCACAGCACAGAGGAGAACUGUAGGCAAAAAACAACCCAAAAAGACUGAGAAGGCAGCUGCUGAAGAGCCCCGCGGAGGCCUGAAGAUAGAGAGUGAAACCCCUGUAGACAUGGCUACCAGCAUGCCCUCCAGCAGACACAAAGCAGCCACCAAAGGCUCAAGGAAACCCAAUAUAAAAAAGGAGUCCAAAUCUUCCCCUCGACCUUCAGCAGAGAAAAAGAAAUACAAGUCAACAAGCAAAUCUUCUCAGAAAUCAAGGGAAAUCAUAGAAACAGAUACCUCAUCCUCAGACUCGGAUGAAAGCGAGAGCCUUCCUCCUUCCUCACAAACUCCUAAGUACCCUGAGAGUAAUAGGACUCCCGUUAAGCCCUCCUCAGUGGAGGAAGAAGAUAGCUUUUUUCGGCAACGAAUGUUCUCUCCUAUGGAAGAGAAGGAACUUCUUUCACCCCUCAGUGAGCCUGAUGACAGGUAUCCACUUAUUGUGAAGAUUGACCUGAAUCUCUUGACUAGAAUACCAGGAAAGCCUUACAAAGAAACAGAGACACCCAAGGGGGAAAAGAAAAAUGUUCCAGAAAAGCACACAAGAGAGGCUCAGAAACAAGCCUCAGAAAAAGUUUCCAACAAAGGCAAAAGGAAACAUAAGAAUGAAGAUGAUAACAGAGCCAAUGAGAGCAAGAAACCCAAAACGGAAGACAAGAAUUCGGCAGGCCACAAGCCAUCCAGCAACAAAGAGUCAUCUAAACAGAGUGCUGCUAAAGAAAAAGAUUUGUUGCCUUCUCCUGCUGGGCCUGUUCCUUCAAAAGAUCCAAAAACAGAGCAUGGCUCUCGGAAGAGGACUAUUAGUCAGUCUUCUUCCUUAAAGUCAAGUAAUAAUAGCAACAAGGAAAAUAGCGGCAGCAGCAAAAACAGUUCCUCCACGUCAAAGCAGAAGAGGACUGAAGGGAAGACUUCCAGUAGCUCUAAGGAGGUCAAGGAAAAGGCUCCAAAUAGCUCUUCUAACUGUCCUCCAUCUACACCAACUCCUGAUGCUGCUAAGCCUCGGAGAACGAAGCUUGCCUUUGACGACAGAAAUUAUUCAGCAGACCAUUAUUUACAAGAAGCAAAAAAGCUAAAGCACAAUGCAGAUGCAUUGUCUGAUAGGUUUGAGAAAGCUGUAUACUAUCUUGAUGCUGUGGUAUCUUUCAUUGAAUGUGGGAAUGCAUUAGAGAAAAAUGCUCAGGAAUCCAAAUCCCCAUUCCUUAUGUAUUCAGAGACGGUGGAGCUCAUCAAAUACACCAUGAAGCUAAAGAAUUACUUGGCACCAGAUGCUACAGCUGCAGAUAAAAGACUCACAGUACUUUGCCUGCGAUGCCAGUCUUUGCUGUACCUGAGGCUGUUCAAACUGAAGAAAGAAACUGCUCUGAAGUAUUCAAAGACACUAACAGAGCACCUGAAGAAUUCUUAUAAUAAUUCUCAAGCACCAUCACCAGGCUUGGGAAGCAAAGCUGCUGGGAUGCCUUCCCCUGUUUCUCCAAAGCUGUCACCAGGCAAUUCGGGAAAUUAUUCUUCUGGGGCCAGUAGUGCUUCAGCAAGUGGUUCUUCAGUGACCAUUCCACAGAGGAUCCACCACAUGGCAGCCAGCUAUGUUCAGGUUACAUCCAACUUCCUCUAUGCCACCGAAAUUUGGGACCAAGCUGAACAGCUUUCCAAAGAGCAAAAAGAAAUGUUUAAUCAGCUAGAUCAGACAGCACCAUUUUUAUAUUUAAUGGCAGUAACCUCGAGAAAUUACCUUAUUGAAUAAGCUUGCAUUGUGAAGCAAGAGCCUGCAAAACACACCUGUUCUAAGUGAAAUUUCUGGCUCUGGAGGCCAGCAGCACUCUGCGGAGUUUCAGCACAGCCCGUGAUCGCUCCAGCCAGUGAUGCCUAGUUGUGCAGGGGAAAGGUACGCUGUGCACUCUUGUAAGUGUGAGGGUAUGCGACUUUGGAUUUUAAAAUUAUGUACACAUACACACUUUAUAUAUAUGUAUGUAUGUAUGUAUGAAAACAUGAAGUUAGUUUGUCAAAAAUGUGUGUGUUUAGUAUUUUAGCUUAGUGCAACUAUUUCCACAUUAUUUAUUAAAUUGAUCUAAGACACUUUCUUGUUGACACCUUGAAUAUUAAUGUUCAAGGGUGCAAUGUAUAUUCCUUUUAGAUUGUUAAAGCUUAAUUACUAUGAUUUGUAGUAAAUUAACUUUUAAAAUAUAUUUGAGCCCUUCCGUAGUAUAAUAGGGCUCUUACAGGGUGGGAAGGAUUUUAAUUUUCCAGUUGCUAAUUGAACAAAAGGGCCUCAUAAUGUAUUUUGAAUUAUAGAAGUUUGCCUCUGGGUCCCACGAACAUCUACUGGGAAUGAUGUUUUAGGCAGAUUGUGAUGAUUUUUUAUUUUUCCUAAAUAAAUUGGGAAGCAAAACAUUUCAAAUCCAUAUAGAUUCCUAUAACUCAUAUUCCCUAAUUAUGUGGAACACAGAUUUCAUUUCAAUUUCAUAUAUCUAUGUGUUGGAGAGGCAGACUUUUUUCCAAUAAUAAAUAAUAUUGCACAUCUAAGGUUGCUCUUCAGUAAAAUAAAUAGAAGAGAUAAGUAUUGAAUGACUUAGGAUAUGUAGUGACAAGAGGCCAAAUUGUUCAUGUUUGUGAGCAUAUCUUUCACAUAUUUACUAAUAGAGAAAUUCAUUUUAGACCCCUAGACCCUGUAACUAAGCCGGCAAGUGAUAAGAAGUAAGUUAUUAACAGUUGGUAAAGCAGAUACAGAUUCUAUUUACUCGAACCAUAUGGUUAAUUAAAAAGAACUUACAGUCUCCACAAAAGCGAAUAGAAAGAAUAUCUCAGUCUCUUCUGUUUGAUAGAAUUUGGUCACAGAAUAAGGCAUUAGAGUUAAGUCUAAACCAAGUCUUAUAAUCUUUAAGCAACCUAAAAUAGCAACCUAAGUAAUCGUCAUAUACUGAAGUUGACUUUCAGGAAUGUCAGCUUGGACCUCUCCUUGCCACCAUUGCUCAGCUAAGCAUAAAUUCCCAUUUUUAAAAAGAAACAGCUAAAAAGCUCUCUAAAUGAGCAUGGGGAAAAAAGCUCUCACCCAGAAAUUCUAGUAAUAUUCAGUUUUGACCUCUUACUGCUUCCACAUAGGGUUUCUUUUCAGCUUUUAUCCAUUGGAAUUUUCUACCUGCUGUGUUCCUCUCUGGAAAAUAUCUAUUUGGAAAUGCUGCCUUUCAAAUCAAUGCCAUGAUUAUCCAUACUGUUGAGUUUGUUGUUGCUGUUCAAGAAGUGUCCCCAUUUUACAACUUUAUGCACACACCUGGCAAAUCAUUGACAUGAGCAUUCAGCAGUACUGGGGUCGGGGCGGGGCGGGACGGGGCUCACCAACAGAGCUGGCCCAGGUGGUAGUGCCUGAAAAGGCAUCACCCUUGAGGACCAGAUGUAGGGUUGGUAAGCACAGUUAUGAAAAUUUCUAUCUAGCCUCCGUUUUGAAUGGUUUUAAGAAAUUUUGUAUAUGGAGGAUGGAAAUACUUAUAUAUUUAUUGAAAAUCCUUUUAUUUGAAAUUAAAAUUAUUUGGUGAAUAAUGGUUUGAUAUUUGGGGAGGGUUUUGGAGGGGAGGUAAUGCCGCUGAUAAAAGCCUUGUUGAUUCUGCAGAAAGGUACUGUUAGUGUCUGAUAGAAUGCCUUUGUUUUGUACAUGAUCCAAAUCUUUGUUUUACAUUUCUUUUAUCCAAAAUAUUUAGGCAUCUGACAUUUUCAACCAAAAUUUCAAUUAUAUACUGUGAUUUUUAUUUGUUGUAAUAAAAUUUCAGAGGUACUUUGGGGCUCAAAAGCUAGGAUUUCUAAGUCAGUAUGUGCAUUUCACAUAACAAAGCUGUUAAUGGUGAGCAAAGUAUUAUAUACUAACUAGAUUUUUCCACAUCUGUAUAGUAUAUUAUAUGUAUUUUGUGGUAUUGAGAUUAUAGAAAGUUUAGAGUGUCAAACAUGCGUUUAAUGUGUAUUUUUAAACAAAUUUAUGGCAAUUAAAAUAUUUGGAGACAAGGGUAUCACAUUUCAAUUUGUAAAGAUCUUUUUAACUCUACUGUGUCAUUAAGAUGCUUUGUAUAAUGCCAAACCAUAGCUGGAGAAACGAAGUUUAAUAAAUAUCAAAUAGA